UCUCGGCGCAUGCGCACGCCGCGUUGUCUAGCAGUGGUAAACAGACGUCAGAAGGGAGUCUUCGCCUCGAGUCAAAACAAAAACAAGAAAGAUCUACGAAGAAUAGCUGUUUGUCUAUCUCCAUUAACAACUGAAGGGAAGCGAUUUCGCGUUUAUUUCAAGAGACGACCAAGUUAUUGAAGAGAAGCGGGUUUCUUCGACUUUUACCGGAGGGAUAUUAACUCGUAAAAACUGGAGUUGGCUAACUAGGUGGAUCUCUCAGUUGUAAAACUACGCUUGCGAGUUGUGUCCCAGAGGCAGAGUGGCCGGCGAUUUAAAGUCGAGUUGUCUUUUCGAGGAACACAUCGACCGUAGUGGGAUUCGGGAAGGCGUCAACGGGACCGACACGUGCCCGCGGGAGCACCGUGAGUAGCCGCGUCUCGAGAAACAUGGCAGACGGUGACACGCGCCAGCACAUCGCGCGGAGGACCGGGCAAACUUGAGCGGCAAUAACACGGAUUUUUGUUGUAUGGUAAAACCCCGUGAAACUACCCGUUAUGAUCGAGCACUCCUGUAAGACAUUAUCUUGGUCUUUUUUUAAAAUGUAAUAUUUUGAUCGUUUUUGAUUAAGUUUCACGUACGGCUUUUUUUUUUGGCGAUUUAACAAUCUAGAUGUUUUUAAUUUGCCGAUUAAUAAAACAAUUGAUGACUUUGACAGGCAGCUGUAACGAGUAAUUCCCAUUCACUUGAAUUCGUUUACAAGGACAGUAUUCUUACAAAGUAUUUCAGUUUUCAGGAAAGAUUAGCGUACGAUUUGACGCUCUCAUAUUAAAGUGGUUUAUCAAUUUUUGUAGAGUUUGUAAAUUGGUCUACUUAUAUUUUUCUUGGUCUAAAAUCUAAUUGCGAAAGCCAAUCAACCAUUCGCUGCUAUAAUAGGAACCAGCGGGAGGGGGUUAUUUUAGCAAUUACAGCCCAUCUUAUGAUUGGUUUUUCAAUUUCACCUACUUAACUGCCUCAACGACAACGACAAUGUUAUUAUUAUUAUUUUUCUGUUAAAGGGUGUUUAAUUAUAUACGAAAAGUUCACAAUCAUCCCUUCACCACAGCGCGUCCUCUUUUCCAGUGGUUUAACUCAGUAACUCUUGACAAUCCAGCUGUUUUGAUGUAAAUUUCCUUUGUUCCUUCUCCAUUAAACAAUCAGACCCCUUCUAUCCUCGUUUGGUCUAUUUAAAUCAGAAGGUUUAUGUUAGUUACUAUUAAGGAGAUUAUUUAACCCCAUUUAAUCUCCAAUCUGAGGAUUAACUGACGCUAUAUUGGUGUGUUCAGAUUAUUACGAAUCUGCUCCAUUACGCUUUAGACAGUCGCGGUUACAUUUUGUCCGGAUAAUUUAUACUUUAGUGUUUUUAAUAUUAUGCAAUAAAAUCUAAAACAAAUCGUUCCUAAACACGAUUUUUACACUAUAAUUUUUUUUAUAUAAACAGUCGAACUCUUAAUCACCCUCUCUGUUGUUUUUUUAAUCGUAUUUUCGCAUCAAAACAAUUUCACUGAAAUCCAGCCUUCCCCUGAAAUUAUCUGGAUUGUAUCGCACAAUGGAGGAAGAAAACCUACCCCCGAUUGACCCAGAUUUUGAGCCGCAGAGCAGACCGAGGUCAUGUACAUGGCCGCUGCCUAGACCAGAUAUCUCAGCUGUCAAAGCUGGGGGGGGCGACGGCUCAGAGUCUGCUGCAGGAACUCCACCCACCGAGGAAGAUAAACACGAGCUUCAGCCAAUCAUAUCCGAGCCUGAGAAAGUCGCGGUCUCGGAGGGCGGGGCUGUCGCCGGAGUGGGCGGGGCCACGCCUCGAAAAGGCUCUUCCAGGCGUAAUGCCUGGGGUAAUCAGUCCUACGCGGAUCUGAUCAGCCAGGCGAUUGAAAACUCGCCAGAAAAACGACUUACUUUGGCGCAGAUCUACGAUUGGAUGGUCAAAACGGUGCCGUAUUUUAAGGACAAAGGAGACAGUAAUAGUUCUGCUGGGUGGAAGAACUCCAUUCGUCACAAUUUAUCACUCCACAACAAGUUCCUGCGAGUACACAAUGAGUCGACUGGAAAGAGCUCUUGGUGGAUGCUCAACCCUGAGGGGGGCAAGACUGGCAAAGCCCCUCGCCGCCGUGCCGCCUCCAUGGACAACAGCAGCAAAUUGCUUAAAAGUCGUUUGCGAGCAAAGCAAACUAAAAAGCAGGCAGGAGCGGCAGGGAUCGGAGGUUCUGGAGGUGCCCUGCAGGGUGAGGGUGCUUCUGGUCCUGGCAGUGCAGACAGUCCCGGGCCUCCAGGUCAGUUCGGAAAGUGGGGAGUGAACAGCAACAGCCCUUCCUCUCGCGGCAGCCUGGACGACCCGGAUAUGUGGACGAGUUUUAGGCCACGUACAAGCUCCAAUGCCAGCACGCUGAGCGGGAGGCUUUCUCCCAUUGCCACGGGGCAGGAGGAAGAGGAUGACCUACCUGAGGACGGCCUUCUUGGUGGCUAUUCCACAGGAAAUCUUCCCCCAACACUAAUGGAAGAACUGGAUUUGAUUGAUGGGCUAACUUUAAUGACUGGUUCGCAAGGUGGUGCGAGCCCAAGCACAGCUCCUCCUGCCCCACCUCAGCCUCUGCCCUCGGCGUCCACCCUGCUGCCUCGAGGGUCCAGCUUUCCUUCAUUUCGGCAGCUGCAGCAAUCGCAGGCUACGCAGGGAUCCACUCCACCGGGCCCGCAGAGCUCGGUUCAACCCAGUGCCAGAUCCAGCACAAGCCCAUCGAGCUUUGGAAACUCACUUUUCAGCCCCCUGCCCGGUCCUGGUCACAGUGGUUUCAGCACUCACGUGCCCUCCAGCCUCGAAGUGCUCCUGACCUCCGAUUCGCCCCCACCUAGCGAUGUUAUGAUGACUCAGAUGGAUCCUCUCAUGCCAAGCCAAGAAGGUGGUGGGCUUUUGGGGCUCGGGGGAUCUAUGUCCAGCAACCAAGCUAAGGCAGGUCAGAUGUUGCUGAGAAAAGGCAUUGACACAAGUACUGUGGGGCAGAUGAGCCUCCGGCCUCAACCCCAACUCCAGCACUCACAGAUGGGCUUUGGAAUGAUGCACCCAGCCAUGAGCCAGGAACCGCCUCAGCUCUCAACUGUAAAGACCCAGCAUCAGGUGCCAGGCGCUGGGCUUCUGCAGCACGGAACUGUCCUAUCACCUGGAGGGAAUGGAGGCCUGCAAGGUCUAGGCCAGUUUGCAACACCACCCUUCUUCAUGCCCUCCCAGGACCGUCUGCCUACAGACUUGGAUAUCGACAUGUUCACUGAAAACCUGGACUGUGAUGUGGAAUACAUUAUCAACAAUGAUUUUAUGGAUGGAGAUCUGGAUGACUUCAACUUUGACCCCAUCAUACAGGGUGGACAGGGCUAUACUGGGCCAGCAACCACACAGAGCUCCUCCCACAACUGGGUGCCCAGUUAACUCCAUUAUUAAACAUGAGAACAGGAAUGUCCACCAUUCGUAAAACAACUUUUUAGUUGUUUAUGAAAACAACUUUUCAUAUUCUCAAAUCUUCGCCUCUGCAUUUGCCAUUGUACCUCAAAUACAUUAACUGCUUUGGCUAAAGACGACACGUGCUUGGCCAAGAAGUCUCAUGUCACAAUUUUCAAUUUAAUGACAAAAUCAAACCUCACACAUGUCAAGUGCCAAUGUCAACUGAAGAGUGUGCUGUUGGACACAGAGAACAUGGUCUUGAAACAUAUAUUUUUUUCUCUUCUUUUGUCUUAUAUGUGCAACAUUUUAGUUUUUUUUGAUAGUUGCCAUUUUUUGGCCAAUCUUGGACUAAAGCACACCUAAUAAACAGCUAAUCUUGUUUAUUACAUUAAUGCCUAUGAUGCGUACUGUAAGAUGGAGAUGGUACUCCUGCUUGAGCUUCUUCCCCCUUGUAAUGGAACUCAUUCGGCCAGGAGGAUCAAAUUCUGCAGCUUUUCUUGAUGUGAAGUUUUGUUUGCUGAACAGCAGUGGAGAAGUCUGAGCAUGAAAACAACAUGGCAACACAGGAAUGUUAAGUUGAGAACAACACUGACGGCGACGGUUUCACUGACCACAGCUGAACUGUUGAAGGUGUGCCCUCUCUCUCAUCGGAACGAAGCAUCAAAGUUUCAAGGUGGUUUGGUGACGCUGUGGUGUCAAUGUGCAAUUAGUUUGGCUUUUAUGACCUCUUCCCUCACGAAGGCGUUUUCUUAUGAUGUGCUGAAGAGGCUGAUAACUGAAUGAUGAUUUAACUGUGUUAUGUUAGUGAUAACAGUAUGAAGAAAUGUGAUUUUUCCACAGGGCAUUUUAAUGCAUUUUUAAUCCUGCCAACAAGUUAAAUGGUAUAGUGUUAUUGUUGGAAACUUGGAGCCCUUUUGCGGAAUGCAAUAUCUGAAGAUUUUUUAGGUGUGUGUGUGUGUGUACAAUUGUGUGCAUUGAAAUAUGUUUAAUGCUCCCGAAAAAACUUGAUUCCAACACACUGACAACAGAAUUCAAGGUUACGCUGAAUCAUUUCAUUUAUGCACAGAAGAAAGUUUGUUUUCUGAGAUUUACUGAGAUUUAGUUUGAAGCGAAUCUUGAAGAUACGUGGCUACAAUAAUGAGAUGUUAUGGUUUCUCUGGCUUGUUUGACUGUGUCCACACUUGCACAAAUGAAAAGAACUAUUUUCUCAUUGUUCAGUUUUUCAUAAAAAGCACUACUCAUAUUUUAUAAAAAAAAAAUUAUUAAAGUACAAAAACAGUUGGAUAUAUCGACUAUAAUUCUAAUUUAGAUUGGGGAGUUAUUAACAGACUAAUAAAAAAACAUGCUUUUAAUGAGCUUUUUUAAAAAUCUGAGCAGAAGCUAUUUCAGAUCAUUUUUAACGGUCAUUUUCUAUGUAAUCUUUUAUUUUUGUAAAAGAUGAAAUGCAUAUAGAUUUUAUACAGUAACCAAAGGAACACUAAGAACUGCAUGUUGGAGGUAUACAUUGCAGUGUGGAUAAGCUUUACAAAACCUUUUUGAAAAAUCAGUGUAAACUAAAUCCUAAUUUGAUUGGUUGCAUGAGUACCUGUAAGAAAAUACAGUACUUCUAAAGUUUAAAUUUGCAAUAAUUGUUUGUACGAAAUAGAAAAAAUUAUAAACGCUUUUCUAAGUGUCUCUACAAUUAUUUCAUCUCAAAGCGCAAGACUGGUCCAACUGAAAAUGAUUAAUGCAAUGUUUCACUCUCAGGGUAAUGAUAAUAAUAAUAAUAAUAAUAAUUAAAACAACUUCUAGAAGGAAGUAAUGAGAUAAUCAUGUUAUGACUUCAAUGCUCAUGGCCUUUUCUAAAUUAUGAAAAUCAUUUAUGCAAGCCAACAUCACAGAUAUUUUAACAUUGCAGAAAUAUAUCUAAUGUUGUUGCAGUUUAUUAUGAGAGAUGUAUCUAAUGUAUGCAUUUGUAGCGUUCCUACAAAACUUCGUAAACUGCCAAUGAACACUAUAGCAUGACGCUCCAGAGAAAACAAUAGUUUUAAAAUCCUCUUCUUUUCAACUUGUACCUUUUCUGUAAUCGAAGGAUUGACUUUUAUUCAAUGAUUCGUUCAGAAGUUUUUUACGCAGUUUAAAAGCAGUAUUCUGAAGUUUUUAUGGGUGUAUAAAUUGGCUUUAAUUUGAAAUCUUGACAUUAGUAACUCUUAUCACGUUGAUUUAAUGGUCUGAGUGCAUAAGAUUAAUUGAUAAAUCAUUCUUUCCUUACAGAGGAAUAAUUUUAUCUAUUCAUCGGUGCUAGAUAUUAAAUAUUAAAUGGGCCAUAUUUGAUCGGUGCACAUAUAGAUAUCAGGGCCUUUGAUAAUUUUAUGCAACGUAUAUUGAGUACAAUUUCUUAAUGUAGAACAUAGUAUGAGAAAAUAACCCAUGUUUUAAUUCCCAAACUCAGUUUUUGUAUAUUAUAAAAGAAGCUGUGAAUGGGGAGGGAAAAGCUGGGCGGUCUCACCAUAAAAUGUAACACUGCUCCUUGUAAUGGUGUAAUGUUUGAUACAGCGAUUGAUGAUUUUCAAUCAUCCGUUUACAUCAAUGUUCUUGUCCUUUGGGGCAUCUUUUCUCAUGUUUUUAUCUUUGUACAUGUAACGCAGCUCCUUGAUGUCUAAGAGUGAUUGGUAUACCUGCGUGGUACAACUUUCAGAAAGUGUCAGGGCUGACAGUCACCUUUGAUAUUUUCUUAUGUGUUUUGAGUGUUGAUUUGAAAGUGAUUUUUUUUGUGGUUAACACCCUGGCUUUGUUUAAUUUCUCAUAGUACAGAUAUUGAAUAUUGUAUUCGUCCCAUCAGACUGACGUAACAGGGCUGCUGCAGGAAAUGCAGGAAUUCUACACCUUUCCAAAUCACUCUCACUUUCCUUGCUUGAUAUUAGCCUUCUUUUCCUAUAGUAGUCAUUCUUUUAGUUCUUUUAAGUUUCCAAGAGCGUUUGCUAAGUAUCCCAGUUGAUAACACAGGACAUUAGUUUAUGGUCUGGGUUGGAUUUUUUUGUUUUGGGUUAUGAUGGGAUGUAAAACUGACAAGUUGUGCAUAGCCAAUAUACUGUAUAUGUACUUGAUUGCUUUUUUUUUUUUUUUGGAUCCAUUUAUUUUGUCCCCCAUAUUUUGUUAGUCAGGGUUCAUUAAAAGCAGUUCAGCAUAAUAGAAAUAAACCUAAUCUGUUUAACACAGACUGUUUUAAGUUCA